CUUUGAUUCUUUAAAUUUUAACAAUUUUAAGGAAAUGGAUUUUUCACCUUAUUCACCAUCACCAGAUGAAGACAGAAAUUUACGCAUACCUAAUAAAAAAACAAAACAACAAUCAAAACAGCCUGUUUAUAAGUCAUACCAAUCGGGAGAUCCCGAUUCCUAUGCAGAACAAGGCCUUUUAAACAAUGACUUUGGUGCAGAAAGUAGUAUUAAUCAUAACAGUAGUUUACCUGUUUUCAAUGGAAACCAAGAUGUUCGCGUUAAUAAGUAUGAAACUUCUUUACCUAUUCGAGUUGAUAUUGAAGCAGCUUUGGCUUAUGUUUUAGGCCCAAUUACUGGUCUAUUAUUGUUAAUUCUCGAAAGACAGAAUGAUUAUGUUCGAUUCCAUGCAUGGCAGUCAUCACUUACAUUCUCAGCUUUGAUGCUUGCACAAUUUGUUUUAUUGUUUAUUUCGACAUUUUUAUCUUGGAUCUUGUUUUUCUUUAGUAUUUUUCUUUUAAUUUGGUUAACGUAUCGAGCCUAUUUAGAUGGUGUAUCACUGGAAAGAUAUGAAGUGCCAUAUUUUGGUAUAAUUGCAUCAGAAUAUGUAGAUACUGAAUAAAUUAUACCUUAUAGAACAAGAUAAUAACUAUCAUUGUUACUUUGCUUAUUUCUUUAAUAAAACAAAUGAAUACACUUCUUUUUAUGCCGACACUUUAUUAUGCAG